CUGACUGCUAUAUAUGAGAAAUCUGUGAAAGACAUGUACGAGGAGCAGCUGAAGCACGAGAAGAGAAAGAGACGGGAAUCUAUGUGUUGCGAGGUGGUUGCUCUGGUCAUCGGCUUCGUCGGGUUGAUCGGGGUCGCGUCCGUCACGGGCCUCCCGAUGUGGAAGGUCACGGCCUUCAUCCAGGAGAACAUCAUCGUGAUGGAGACGCGCUGGGAGGGACUGUGGAUGAACUGCUACUGGCAAGCCAACAUCCGAAUGCAAUGCAAAGUCUACGAUUCUCUGCUGUACCUCCCGGCCGACCUCCAGGCUGCCAGGGGUCUCAUGUGCGCCUCGGUCGCUUUGAGCGCCUUCGCCUGCAUCGUGUCAUCCGUGGGCAUGCGCUGCACCCGUCUGGUAGACUCCCGUCCCAGAACCAAGCACAUUGUUUUGGUGAGCGGAGGGUGUUUGUUUUUGGCUGGCUGCUUGACCACCAUCAUUCCCGUGUCGUGGACGGCUCACAUAAUCAUCCGGGACUUCUACAACCCGUUGUUAAUCGACGCCCAACGGAGAGAGCUCGGGCAGGCCUUGUACAUCGGAUGGGUCACUUCGGCUUUGCUCUUCACCGCUGGGGUGAUCCUGCUUUGUCGACAUGCACCACGCACCCAGGACAAAGAAGACUUGGCUCAGGUUCUGUAUCGGGCCGGAUCGGCUCCGUGUAACUAAAGCAGACCGCAUAUAGCCCGUCGGAGCUAAAUCGUGAUCGACCAUGCCGUGAAAUGACGUAUUGAACCUUGAUAUCAUACCAAUGCGAACAUGAUUGAAUAUUAACCAUUUCAUGCACUGCCUGGCAAAAAAAUACAAUGAAUCAGUUUUGACAAAAGUGCGCUACAAUAGCCGGGUCUGAAUACGAGCUAAAUCGUGGCUACGCACAGCCUACACAUAUAACAUGUAAAAUAAAGUAAACCAAACAACUUGUAAUCACGGUAGACUCUGCGUACAUGAUGGAAUAUCACAAGUUAUUUUGCAAAAAAAAAUACAUUUAUCCAGAUUAAAUGUUAUUUGGGCUAAAAGUGGGUUACACAUAGCUGGACUAUAUCUGGUCUAUAUUUAACCCAGACGUUGAAAUGACGGCUAUUGCUUGCUGGGCCCAGCAAGCAAUUUUGCGUCUAAUAGCCGUCUAAACACAGCCGAGACAUCUAGGCUAAAUCGAGGCUAAUUUUGGGCUGUCAGUGAAAAUCUAAUAGACGUCUAAACAUACCCCAGAAUAGACAG